AAGAGGCGAUGAUAUCCUAUCACCGGCAGCGAUAGGGUACACCAGCUGUGACACCAUUAAGAGGCUUAGGGUAACCAGGAUGCCCUACCAAUCACAGGCUGCAAUAGCAACACGGAGCCGGCCGCGCAGCUGUGACGUCGUCAAGCUGGACCCUGAAGCACAACCAUGGGACCAUGACCACUGCAUCAAACCGCGAGCUUCCACCUUGAGCAUUCCAUUUCCAGGAGAAUCGUGCUCCCAAUGUGAUCGCAGUAUUUGUCUUGUUGCCCCCCGCCACAUAUAUCCAUCAUGGGUCUUCCCGAGAAGCUCCCCAGCCUCCCGCGCCCGGCAAUCCUCCGACCUCGCCGGCUGCCGUCCUUCAUCCUCACAGCCACGGCGUUCUGCAUGGUGCUCUUCUACACCCUCCUCUCCCUCGCGCCCUGCAUGAUCCCCUCAGGCACCUGCUACCGCGGCUAUGCCAGCAGCUGGUCUUUCGAUGCCUCGAGCGUCCAGCACGCGGACUGGAUGGCCUCCAUCCCGGAUGAGACGCCCAUUACGAGCCUCAGCAUCCCCGGCACGCACGACACCAUGACCUACAACAUGACGGACAAUAUCAAGCUGCAGUGCCAAAACGCAAACUUGACGACCCAGCUGGAGAGCGGCCUGCGCUACUUUGACAUCCGCGCGCGGCUCGAGGACAACAAGCUGAGGAUAUACCACGCCAAUGGCUUCACGGGGUUCGAGUACGACGAGGUCCUGCUGGCCAUGUUUGACUUUCUGGACGCACACCCCAGCGAGGCCAUUGUCAUGCGGCUCAAGGAGGAGGGAAAACCAAUCGGCAAGGCCAACACGCGGUCGUUUGAGGAGACGUUCAACUACUACCUCGACUCGUCCCCCGAGACGGCCGAGGGCGCGCAGUCGCACCUCUACCUCUACGACCGCAUCCGCCCGAUCCCGACGCUGGGCGAGCUGCGCUCCCGCAUCUUCCUGCUCCAGAACUUCCAAACGGAAAACGCCAAGCCGUACGGCCUCGCCUGGGAGGGCGACCAGAUGGUGCUGGAGGACUACUGGAUCAUCCCCGACAUCUACCACCUGUCGGACAAGUGGACGGCGAUCCGCGACGCACUCAUGGACGCCGCCACCGCGCCGCUCGACAACAAGAAGCUCCACCUCGCGCACGUCUCUGCCUCGGUGGGCGUGCUGCCUAUCGAGGCCGCCGCCGGGCCCAUGAAUAGGACCGUCGUUGGUAUGAACGACAUGACGGGCCAGUGGCUGCGCGACUUUGAAAAGGUCGAGGGCGUCUCGAGAACGGGCAUUGUGAUCCUCGACUUUCCCGGGCGGCGCCUCGUCGAGGCCAUACUGGCCUGGAACAAACGGCUGAUGGUUUAGACGGACAUACACAGGGGCAUACAAUAUCUGAUUUGGCUACAAGACGUGAUAGAUACCCAUUGCGUACCUAUAGUACAUACAUACACGCAUAAAAAUAUACCUAUAUAUA